GUUAAUUCACUUGUGCUGACAUUUUUAAUACUCAUAUUGCAAAAGUGAAUGUUAGAAGUGUGGGAACUCAGGAGGAUAAUACUCUCAUUAUCGCUGUUUCUUAAGGGGUCUUUUAGAGUAGUUAGUAAUUAAAGAAAAAAGAAAAUAGAUAUAUUAAAUUAAGAGGAGGAAGAAAGUUUCUUAUUGGACACGUGUUGUUGAUAGGAGAAGGAAACAUCUCCUCUCUCUCUCUCUAUAUAUAUCAAAUCCCUGAAACAAGCACUUGAUCUCAUUCUCUUCUCUUCUCUUCUCCAAUCCUCGAUUUAUUUUCAGGGAUUGUAUCUUUCUUACAGAUUCUUCCUCUGUCGGCACACGAUUCAUGGCUGCGUUAUUUCAUUACUGACCAAGGAGUGUUGCUGGAUUUGGUUCUAACCAAAGCGCUCAGCCGAGAAGACACCAAUGGCCAUCGCUAAGUCGAAAAAAUGUUAUCUUCCUUUCUCGGCCACACACAAGAAGAAGGGCAUGUUUCGAUGCAAAAUUAUCAACAACCUUCUUCGGACUAACCAAUCUUCUCUAGUAUAAUGAUAUGUGGACACUCGCUCUGUUUUGCAAGGAAUGUCUUGUGAUAAUAAAAACGAAGAUGAAGUGAUUGAUGGCAAGAGAAAACAUCUGAAACCUCAAACGAAGAUGAAGCUCUGAGGUUGCUUCCUGAAGCGUUUGGGAGAGGAUACAAGGGUUGUUUGUUCUUCAUCUCUCCAACAAUCAGCUCCAGGGUUUAGGGAUUAUGGAAAUUAGUUCGACGCUAAACCCCAACUCACCUCACCUCUCUUCGUCCCUGCAGCUGUUAAGUGACGACCUCCACUUGGUACCAUGACUACUGGAUCAGCCAGCACCAAGGAGCUGAUGGUUUCAUUUGAUGUAGCUGAUCUUCUUCCACAAUCAUUUGAUGUCGAUGACAUGGAAGAUGUCUUCAAAGCUGAGUUUGAUCAUCAAGGAUACCGUUGGACAACAAAUGUAUCAAGCACCUUCCGACUUUGGGCCUACUGAUGUCUUUCUCCGUUCCUUCCUUUCAAACGAACGAUGACUUCUGAAUCUGUAUCUCUUCUUCUCAGAGUAUUCCUCUCUCUUUCUCGCUCUGUUUUUCUGUUUCUUUAAUACCGUCUCUAAACGCUUCUUCUCAGAGUACAUGAAAGGUAUGGAUAGGAGGAGUGAAGAUGCAGGUUCCCUUGCAGAUUCCAUCAAAGCAAAGCUGGAAUCUCUGUCUCCGCUUUCAAACAAGUGUUGUAUCUACAAGGUACCCAAUAAGCUCCGAAGGCUCAACCCUGAUGCAUAUUCACCUCGGGUUAUGUCUAUUGGUCCGUUUCAUCACGGUAAAGAAGAGCUCCAAGCCAUGGAAGAGCACAAAUACAGGUACUUGCAGAGCUUUCUCACUAGAACAAGCUUUAGUUUAGAGCAACUUGUUGGAGUUGCAAGGACGUGGGAAGCGAAGGCUAGGAGCUGUUACGCAGAAGAUGUGGAACUUAACAGCGACGAGUUUGUGAAAAUGUUAGUUGUGGAUGGGAGCUUCUUGGUUGAAUUUUUUCUGAGAUUUCGUAAUCGUCGGCUCGUAAGCGAGAACGAUCGCAUAUAUGGGAAGCCAUGGAUGGUUUACGACGUGUAUCGUGACAUGGUUUUGAUAGAAAACCAGUUACCCUUUUUUGUGGUGAAGAGCUUGUUUGAUAUCUUGUCUUCUGACUACCAACAAGGAACAGAUUCAGUCAUACAGAAAAUUCAUCACUUCUUCAGGUGUUUCUUGAGAAACAUUGAUGAUGCAAAUUUAAAACCAGAGCCAGAUCAUCUCGUUGAUGUUUUGAGGUCUCUUUAUCUGCCAGAGGUUCCAAUGGAAGUGGAAGAAACCACAACAUUUAAGGUCUUCAAUGCACCGGAAGCAACCGAGCUUCUCAAUGCUGGUGUUAAGUUAAAGCCAGCAGAGACCAGUAGUUGUUUACUUGAUCUUAAAUUUGCUGAUGGAGUGCUGGAGAUUCCUACUAUCAGCAUCAAUGAUUUUACAGAACCCAUCUACAGAAACAUCAUUGUGUUCGAACAAUGCCAUUGCUCAGAUAAGAUCUUCACCGAGUACAUCAGACUGCUCAGUUUUUUCAUCGGAUCCCCUGUAGGUGCAGACAUACUCAUCCGCAGUGAGAUCUUUGUGAACGAUCUUGGAAUCGCAGAAGAUGUUUCAAAGUUGUUCAAUAGCAUGUGCCAAGAGGUUGUCUAUGGUGAAGAACUUCACUUUCAGAGCCUCUCUGAGAACCUACACGCUUACUGCAACACACCACGGAACAGGUGGAAGGCGGUUCUGAGACGUGACUAUUUCCAAAAUCCUUGGUCUGUUGCUUCUGUUUUGGCUGCUGUGCUUCUCCUCAUCCUCACUUUCAUUCAAGCUAUAUGCUCUAUCUUGGCCCUGUGAGUGUUACCACAGGUACUUGCAUCUUCUGGGAUAUCAUUUUGGUUCCCAAACUCAAUAAAUAAUAUUCUUAUGGAAUGUAAUAAAUAUUUGUAUUAUCAGAACAGACAGCAGUCAUGUCCUGACAUGACUUUGUACUGAGUCUUGCCAUGGCUUGAGCUGAG